AUGCCUCCCUCUAUCGGCCUCAUAAUCUGCAGCCAACGCACUCCACGCGCAGGCCCUCAAAUCGCCACCUUCAUUCACAAUACUAUUCGUGAAUCCUACCCCCCCGAAACAGCCACAAUUACGACCAUUGACCUAGCAAAAUGGAACCUUCCACUCUACAAUGAGUCGGGGAUGCCAUCGUUCAUCAACUCAGCGGACGAGUACGAGCACGAGCACACAAAGGCCUGGUCACGGGAGAUAUCGCGCCACGAAGCGUUUAUUUUCGUCACACCGCAGUAUAACUGGGGGUAUCCCGCAAGCGUGAAGAAUGCGAUUGAUUACUUGUUCCAUGAGUGGAAGGGAAAGGCGGCGUUGGUGGUGAGCUAUGGGGGGCAUGGGGGCGGGAAGGCGGCGGCGCAAUUGAGGCAGGUGUUGCAGGGGGUGAGGAUGAGGCCAUUGGAGAGGAUGGUCGAGCUGAGGUUUCCGGAGAUCGAGGAAGUUAAGAGGGCCGCUAAGGGGGAGGAUCUGGGACUGAAUGUCACAGGUUACCCCGAGGUUGAGAUAGAAGUCCCACGAAAGAAGAUAUUGUCACAAGUUCAUGAUACUAACAGGAUAGAUGCAGGAACCAGGCACGCUGGCACACUCCACUCCCAAGGAAAUCUGAUGAGCGCAGCAUAUGAUUCCCUGUUUGUCAUGAGGAUGCCGGGAUGUAUCAUCUCAUACUAUCCAACUGGGCUAUUCUUCAAACCGGCGUAUAAUCACAGAAGCACUCACUGUAUACCAUUAUUAUAUUAUCAUUCGUCUCUGAUGGUCCACUUUAUAAGCUUAUUCUAUACCCUCGUAGGCUUACUACCAGCGGCUGCCCUUCCCUCACCAACCCACCACUCUCUCGAGACAAUAACCUGCGACAUUUGCAUCCUCGGAGGUGGAAGCUCAGGGACGUACAGCGCCAUCCAACUCAAAGAUGCAGGGAAGCACGUGGUAGUAAUAGAGCCCAACAACAGGCUAGGAGGGCACGCAGCGACAUUAUACCUGCCAGAUGGCAACUACGUCGACUACGGCGUCGAAGGCGUCUUCAACAACGAGCUCUCCCGCAACUAUUUCCUCCGACUCGGAGUAGACUGGAAGCCACUACUCCCACUGAACAAACGAACCGACUUUGUCGACUUCUCGACAGGUGAACGCGUGAACCCCGCAGCAGGAAUCUUGCAAGCCCUCGUAUCAACAUUUCUUUACCGCUCAUCCAUAAAGCACUGGACGUUUCUCACAAGAGGGGUUUACGACCUCCCCGACCCAGUACCAGAAGAACUUCUCCGCCCAUUCCGUGAAUUCAUCGAGGAACAUUCCCUCGAAGCUGCUCUGCAGUUGGUAUUUCUCUUUUCUCAGAAUGUAGGAAAUCUGCUCGAUAUGCCCACCCUCUAUGCGAUCCAGAAUUUCGGGGUCCCGCAUGUUGACGCUCUCAUUCAUGGAUACAUCACACCGAAAAACGGCAUGUACGAGCUUUACAGACAAGCGAGGGAAAUACUCGGCUCGGGUGUGCUGUUCCAGACAAACGUGAUCGCAACAAAUAGGUCCGAUUCCGGCGUGGAGGUAACAGUUCAGCAUGCGAACGGUACUCGUCAGCUCAUUAAAGCCAGAAACCUCCUCAUUACCUUCCCUCCGCUCAUAAAAAAGCUCCAAGGCUUCGAUUUGGAUGAAACAGAAACGGAACUAUUCCAGAAAUGGUUCUGGAGGACAUACUACGUUGCCGUGGUGAAUAAUACCGGUAUCCCGGACAAGCUGUGGGUCACCAAUACAGACCCGACUAAUGGACUGGGGUAUUUACCUCGCAUGCCAUUUGAUUUCCUGCUGCAGUAUAUGGGAGCACCAGGGUAUUCAACCAGCAAGUUAGUAGGCGAUAUGAACUUCACCGAGGAAGAUGCAAGAGACCUUCUAGCGGCGGAUUUUGCGCGGAUGAAGGCAAAGGGGACAUACCCGAUUCAUGAUCCUCAAAUCGUGGUGUUUGGGGAUAGUUCGCCGGAGACUCUGAUGGUGUCGCCGGAGGAUAUUCGUAACGGAUUUUAUCGCAAGUUGGUUAUUUAUCCUAUUUCAGCAAGAUACAAUUACUCAGUGAAACUGAACGAUACGAAGAUAUGUUUGCAUACUGGUAGUGAUUUUGAAGUGGCCUUGAAGAACCUUAAAUUGUGGCCAUUUUUCUUGAGCAGGAAGUCUAGGCUUUUCGUAAACCAUUCUCCAGAUACAACUGAUAAUCGCAUAUAUGAGUCGGUCUUGAGACCAUUAAUCCAAGCCACUAUUUGA